AAAUUAAGGAUUUUAAAGAGAGACGUGAUUUGAUAAAUAAAUGGAAAAAAAACGACAAGGGUGGCGUCUUCAUAAUUAAUUACGAGAUGUUCAGGCAACUUGUAAUGAGUGAAAUCGAUGGGUCCGAAUUUCGUGAAUGUCUUUUAAACCCUGGACCAUCCUUAGUUGUGGCGGAUGAAGGUCAUAUUUUAAAGAACAAAGAGACUCAACUUCAAGAAGCCCUCAUGCAUUUGAAGACUCCCAGUCGCAUAAUACUCACCGGAUCACCUUUACAGAACAAUUUG